UGCAGUUCCAACUCCUAGGGUUUUCAAUCUCUCUCUCUCUGUACAAAUCUAUCCAAUUCUUUUCAGUUAUUGUUUGUAUGGAGCUUGAGCAAGCUCAGCUCGCCUCCGCCUUCUACAGACCCAGUAUACAAGAAGACGGAGGCGGAGGAGGAGAACCGCCGCAACCGGAGAAGGUGUUUGACCGGUCGAUGCCGGCGGGGGAGGAAAUCUUGGCGGCCUUUCAAUGCGAAACGAUCGGCGGGGGGAAGGUUGCCGGGGAGGCGGGGCAGAUGGUGGUGGUCAAAGAGGAGGCGGGAAAGAGCUUGGGGAAGCGGAGGCGGGGCCGGCCGCCGAGCGGGCAUCCGAAAGCGACGGCGGUGAGGAAGCAGCAGGACGAAGAAGAAGACGUUUGCUUCAUUUGCUUUGACGGCGGAAGCCUCGUGCUUUGUGAUCGCAGGGGAUGCCCUAAGGCUUACCAUCCUUCGUGCAUCAAGCGGGAUGAGGCCUUCUUUAAAUCGAAAGCCAAAUGGAAUUGUGGUUGGCAUAUAUGUAGCAGUUGUCAGAAGGCUGCCCAUUAUUGGUGCUAUACUUGUACAUAUUCUCUGUGCAAAGGAUGUACUAAAGGCGCGGAUUAUCAAUGUGUACGAGCAAAUAAAGGAUUUUGCGGAACAUGUAUGAGAACUAUAAUGCUAAUUGAGAAUAUGCAAGAAAACAAGGAAGGGGCUCAAGUUGAUUUUGAUGACAAAAGCAGCUGGGAGUAUCUCUUCAAGGUUUACUGGAUUCUUUUGAAAGGGAAACUAUCGUUAACUUUGGACGAGCUUAUUAAAGCUAAAAAUCCAUCAAAUGAAGCUGCUGUUAUGGUUUGUAAGAGGGAUUCUUCAGUUGAACUUUACGAUGGUAAUAAAACAAAUUCAGGUGCUGUCAACUGUUGUGCAGAUUUGGAAGCUACACACUCCAAAAGAAGUAAUAAAAAGCCUAGAACUUCUGACAAGGACUUGAGUGCUGAAAAAUCACUUGGUGAAAAAGGGAUGCCUCUCCCUGAAGACACAGUUUGGGCAUCGAAGGAGCUCUUGGAGUUUGUUGCUCAUAUGAGAAAUGGUGAUAUAUCUGUGCUAUCUCAGUUUGAGGUCCAGGCGCUUUUGCUUGAGUACAUAAAGAAAAACAAUCUUCGUGAUCCUUGCCAGAAAUGCCAAAUUAUUUGUGAUUCGAGGCUCAUAAGGCUGUUUGGGAAAGAAUGUGUGGGUCACUUUGAAAUGUUAAAGCUUCUUGAAUUUCACUUCCCCGUAAAGGAAAGUUCCAAGGCAGAUAAUAUUAGUAGUGCUGGAAUUGUUAAUACUAUUGCCAGCCAAAUGGAGAUUGAUGGGAACUAUGAUCAUCAAACCAUGAUGGGUAAUGAUAAGAAGCGUAAAACACGCAAAAGGGUAGAUGAGAGAGGACCACUGACCAAUCCAGAUGCAUUUGCAGCGAUUGAUGUUCACAACAUUAAUCUGAUUUACUUGCGUCGUAACUCGAUGGAGAAUUUUUUUGAAGACAUUGAUAAAUUGCACGAGAAGGUGGUUGGUUCAAUUGUGCGAAUAAGAAUUCCUAGUGGUGAUCAAAAGCAAGAUAUUUAUAGGCUUGUCCAAGUCGUAGGUACCUGCAAGGUUGCUGAACCUUAUAAAGUUGGCACAAGAACAACUCAUGUUAAACUUGAGAUCUUGAACUUAAACAAGAAAGAGGUUAUAUCAAUUGACGAGAUCUCUAAUCAGGAGUUCUCCCAGGAUGAAUGCAAACGAUUACGUCAAAGUAUAAGGUGUGGGCUCAGCAAACAGUUGACUGUGGGUGAGAUUCAGGAGAAAGCAAUGGCACUUCAUGCAAUUAGAGUAAAUGAUUGUCUGGAUGCAGAGGUAUUACGGAUUAGUCACCUUCGCGAUCGAGCAAGUGAAAAAGGACGCAGAAAAGAGCUUAAGCAAUGCGUGGAGAAACUACAGCUUCUGAACUCACCAGAGGAACGUCAGCGCAGACUCAGUGAAAUUCCUGAAGUACGACCUGAUCCUACUAUGGAUCCAAGUUGCGAAUCUGAAGACAGUGCUGGAGCAUUCGAUAAGAAACAAGAUGCUAAAGUAAGACCAAGAAGAUCUGGUAGAAGGGGAAGGGAACCUUUCUCACAACCAAGGGAAGGUGAUACUUCAAGCAAUUCAAGAAGCAAGGGACGGAAAAAUUCGGGUAGAGAAACAUUUGGAAUUAAUGGACGCAAUACAACAAGGAGCCAGGUCAAUCUCACUGGUUUGGUGUCUUUUGAUGGGAAUAAUCAAUCAGCAGUUGAAUCUAAUACACUUUCUGAGGUUGCAUCAGAAAAUUCAUCAUUGCCCUUGUCUAUAGUGACGAAUGUGAACCUAUGUGUUGAUGAUUUUGAGGCAGACAUAAUAUGGCACUACCAGGACCCCACUGGAAAAGUUCAAGGACCAUUUGCACUGAUGCAGUUGCGUAAAUGGAGUACAGCUGGGCACUUCCCUCUUGAUCAUAGAAUAUGGAAGAUAAAUGAGAAUCCAGGUGAUUCCGUCCUUUUGGCUGAUGCAUUGAAUGGACAGUAUAAAGAACCAUUAUUGCCGCAUGACAGCCCGUUACUUUCUCAGGGAUUUACAGUUGCCUUGGAUGAUAGAAACAAUGGUCAGGAUGAUGGAAGGAACAAGAGUAUGAACCCAGCUGCAGUGGAUGAUAAACAGGUUGAAGAGAGCUGGAACACGAAGCAGGAUGGCCAAAGUUUGCAUAAUAGUGGCAGUAGUGAACUUGUAAGGAACACUGCAUUUGCAGAUGUUGUCAAUUCUAGUGAUGAACAAAAUGGAAUCGUUUUGCAAGGCCAGGUUCCAUUGAAGGAUAAUAAUUCUUCACCUAACCAACCCCAAGAGAGUAGUUCACAACCUUCUCUGCCCGUGAUGCCAUCUGAAACUCUGUUGCAUCAAGAAGGGGAAAGUAGAGGAGCGGAAAUUAACUCUGAUCAGACGAAUGGAAAUGCGGAUCCCCAACAAACUGCUCAAGGUCAAAUUGCGAAUGGACAGUGUAAUGAGAGCCGAUCUGAUAGUGAUGGCCAUUCAGGCCAAUCUUCAGGGCAAAACUGGAGACCUCCACCUGUAAGCAGUCCUUCAAACGGCUGUCAUUCCAACUCGACUUUUGUUCCUUUCGCUAAAUCACCUGAGACUGCAGAACAAGAUCAGAAGGAACAUAAUUUUUCAGAUAUGUCCAGUCCCACUCCAAAACCAAGCAACGGAGACUUAAAAAGUCAGGCUGCUGAAAUUAGACAGUUUGUGCCUUCAAAUGCUCCUGUUCAGGACGCUGGCCAUAGCUGGAGCACUUCUUCUAGUUUAGUGGGUGGUGGGGCACCACUUCCGGAAGUAGGUGGUGACUGGGGUCGAUAUUCCCCUACUCCAGCUAAACCAUCUUCUAUAGAGGAAUGGGAAUCCAGUCUUGUCUCUGCAUCUUCUUUUAAACCAAGCGAGAUGGAUCAGUUUACAGAACCAACUGAAUUUUGUACUUUACCUGAUGAAUCAGUUUCAGAUCUUCUGGCUGAAGUUGAAGCAAUGGAGACUCUCACCAGCUUGGCUAACUCAACUUCAAUCAUGAACUGUCGAGGGGAGUUUACAGAGGGUUCAAAAAACGGUAGUAUAAGUUCUGUAGAUGGAUUUAGCCCAGCACCCGACCCUGGAAAAGGUGAUGCUUUGAGCUCCACUGGUGAUUUACGGGGUUCCAUGGCAGAUGAACCACUUGGGGUACGUCAUGGAAAUGCUCUUGAUUUGAGCUCCACUGGCGAUUUACAAGUUUCCAUGGAAACGGACAAACCAGUUGGGAUAUGUCAGGGAAAUGCUCUUGAUCUACAAAACAGAUCUGGUGUACAUUCGUCCACAAGCCCUGGAAUGGAGGGAGACAGAAAGUACAGUGAUGUUUCGGUUAACCAAUUUGAGGCAGGGACAGAGAUACGAACCACUGCACCGUCGGACAUAGCCAGUACAGACAACCAUUGGAAUGGUAGGUCAGAAAGCACAGGAAGGAGUUGGGAAGCAGUUCAGCCAGUUCCGAGAAAUGCCAACAUGGGAUGGGGAGGACCAGACCAAGGAAGUGUAAACCUGGGUUGGGGAGGUGGUCAGGGCAUAACACAUGGAAACACGAGCAUUCAUCCAGGUCAUCAGUUGCCGGCCAGGGGCAUGUGGGAAAGCCAACCAAGAUAUGGUGAAGAAAGAUUCUUCAGUCCACGAGAUCGUGGUUUCCAGAAUAGGGAUUUAGGUAUCGGUAGGGGUAGGUUUGGAUGGAACAGGCAGACAUUGUAUGGAAACGGAAACGGAAACGGAAACGGAAACGGAAACGGAGGUUCGUUCAGGCCUCCCCCCAAAGGGCAGCGGGUUUGUAAAUAUUACGAAAGCGGGCACUGCAAGAAGGGAGCGUCGUGUAGUUAUUUGCACCCCUGAUUUUGGGUCUCAAACAACAAAAUUAGACACAUUUAAUUCUGAAUUCAUUGCUCAUAAUGAGGAGACUGCUUAAGUGAAUAAUUAUUUUUUUGGGAUUAGAUUUAGCAUAUUAAUUUAGAGUACCAUGAUAUUGUGGUAUUCAUUCCAUGUUUCAAGUAAUAUCUGAUGAACAAGUAAUGACGUCCACAAUGGACCUUUUACCCAACUCAAGAAUUAAUUCCUUGUGUUUU